ACAUAGAAGUAUACCAUGUUUCAAUCUUCCAUGGUUCCUAUCAUUCAUUAAUUUGUUUGGUUGCUGAGAAACUGAAGGGAAAAAAUCAAUGAAAUGAAUUGAAACAAGUGUUUUUGGGGUUUAAAUUUUUGUUUCCCUUCUGGGUUUUGAGUAAACAGCGUAACGGCAAGCAAAAACACUCUGAUUGCUGCAUAUGGGUUGUUUUAAAUGUGGAUUUUCUUCGUUUUCUUGCAUUUUGUUGUUUAAAACAGGGAGUUACUAUAUUGGUUUGCCGAGUUUGUUGUUGGGGAAUGAAAAAUGCCUUGUCAAGAGAUAAAGUCAUGGGCUUUUGAUGAACUAGUUGGUGCAUAUCUUGAUCUUGCUAUUGCAUAUUUUCUGUUAUGUGCAUCGACUUUUGCUUUUUUCGCCGAGAAAUUUCUGGGUUUAUUUAGAUUGUGUUUGCCAUGCCCCUGUAAUGGACUUUUUGGUGAUCACAAUAGAAAUAAGUGCUGGCGAAGAGUGUUAGCUGAUAGACCAUCAGAGAAUAUAUCUUCUGUUCAGUUCUCUGUUAAGAGUAGGUUCCCUUUUGAUUCUAUGUGGGACAAACACUUGAAUUUUGAGUCGAGUGUUGGGACGAUAAACGAAGUAAAUUGUGGAAGUGACAAUGCUGGAUUAGAAGGCGAAGCCUGGUGUGGCUCACUUAGGGAGAGGAAGAGUGGAAAGGGAGUUGAGAGAUCUGUAGUCAAUGUGAGGGAUGUGAAAGAAGGGAAGUUUGAUGUUAAAGAGAGGGGGUUUUCAAUCCAGAAGGGGAGAUAUCUUAGGAGACGCAGAAAAGUGGCUGCUGAUAAAGGGCUGUUUUCUUCUGUUUCGUCAUAUGAUCAUUCACAGUCAAAUUCUCGAACUCAUCCUCAAUCUCCAGCCAGUGUCAAUAAAUUGAUGAAUAAGCAUCAUGAAGGUGACAUGGUUCCUGCUAGUUCUGGUGCUGAUGCUCUGCAUUUUGAGGAUAGCAAGGAGUCUUCAGUGGAUACUGGAUUUGUGGGAACAGUCUCUAAUGAUUUUGAAUCAAAUGAACCUCUUGGUGAAAAUAAGCCCAUGGAAAAGGCUGCACCGCUUGGUGAUGAUUUGAAAUGCAAAGCACAAGGAGAGCCUUGCUUUGAUGGUGAAGAAAAACAUGGUAUUAGAGUCUUGGAACAAGCAUCAGAAGAAGAACACGCUGCUUUUUCAGCUUUGUACCUGGAGCUCGAGAAAGAGAGAAGUGCUGCUGCUUCUGCAGCAGACGAGGCCAUGGCUAUGAUUCUGCGUCUCCAAGAAGAUAAGGCAUUGAUAGAAAUGGAAGCUAGGCAAUACCAUAGGAUGAUUGAGGAAAAGUCUGCUUAUGAUCUUGAAGAAAUGAACAUUCUCAAAGAGAUCCUCCUAAGGAGAGAGAGGGAGAAGCAUUUCUUGGAGAAGGAAGUUGAAACUUACAGGCAAGUGAUUUUUGGGAAUGAGGAGUGGGAAUCUGAUGUGCAAGACAUAGGAACCACGCAUGAACAAAUGGCUUCUUCGCAAUAUUCACGUGAGGAUCCAUUUCUGGUGCUGCAGAGGAUUAGUGAAUCCAUUGACGAGAAAGAGAAGGGAGAAGAGUCAAACAAAUUUUUAAGAUCCAAGGUUCAAUCCAUUGAAUCACAAAGUUGUGCUCUUGCUUUUGGGAAAGAAUUACCAAUUCCAGAGUUGGAUGAAGUUGAAUCUUUGAAAGGACGGUGCAUUCAUAGGCACCCAGGCAUUGACAAACUUCGCCGACAUUUAUCAAUGGACAAUGAUGGGACUCAAGAGGAAUUUGAAGAGAAAGAACUGCUAUCACCUGACAAUAGUCUAUUUGAUCAACUAAGAGAGCCACAAAUUAUGGAGUCAUGCUCACAAUUUGACUUGUCAACUCGGGGUUGUAAUUUGAAUGAGAAAACCAUUUCUACAUCCGUGGAAGCACAGCAGCAAAGUGAUCAAAGUGAUUGCAUUAAUGCAGGUCACGGGUUGGCGUCAAAGACAACAGAGACUUGUGACCAAACUAAGAUUAUUUUCCCGUAUAAUUGUGAUGAUUCAGAGAAGCAUGCAAGAGAUUCAUCUGAUGCAGAAUUUGAUUUGGGUUCCCUUGUUCAUGAUGUUCAUGUCAUUGAUGAUAAAACCAAUUUGUCUUGUGGAAUUAAUGAAAAUGGAAGUGAAAAGUUGUCCGUGAGUGCUGCGUCAGACAUCCCAAGAACUUGUGGCAGUCCAAGGAUAAGUUGGGCUGAGCAAGAUGUCCGCAAAAGCUGUUCUGAUAUGACUAAUGGAUUGCCGCCAUUGGGUAGCUCAAAAGGAAAAUUCUUGACUUCUGAUUUGAGAAGAAAUUCCAUGUCUGCAGUUGAUUAUGAAAGAUUUAAAAUUGACAGUGAAGUUGGGUGGCUGAGAGAGAGGCUACGAAUCAUUCAAGUGGGAAGAGAACAGCUCAAUAUCUCUAUGGAGAACAGGGAAAAGAAAAAGGUCCAGUUGCAACUUUUGGAGAAUACAGUGAGUCAGCUUCGAGAGAUUCAGCAAUCAACAGAGCAUGGAAAGGCUGUUCGUCAGGCUUCACUGCCCCCUCUUUCGUAUAAGGUCAUGUCGAAGAAAAGGCAGUGGCGAAGUGCUUCUUUGGGAGUGCAUAGGAGCACUUAAAAUGACUUUUCAUGGUCUGACGAUUCAUGCUGAUCAUGGAUUUUUCAGAUAGUGCUUCUUCAAUUUUGAUCAAUGGAUAAAUUCUGCAGAUAUCGCUAGUGGUCAAUAUCUUGCUAGGAGCUGCUAGCCGAACGAGACACCAAUGACAAAGCCUCAGAAGCCAAACUGUUUGGGUUUGGCUCCAUGGAUCCAUUCUGCUCAAUCAUAAACCAAAUCCGCCUUCGUAUCAAUGUAUUUUACAUCCUUCUGUACUACUUCCAUCCUCGUUAUCUUGGAAACCCAGUUUAGGGAAGCUAUCUAGCCUUCCAGUACCACUUGAACACGCAAACUUUCUUCUUGCGGUUGAACUUUGCACGUAGCAAGUACCACUUGGAACGAAAAUCUCUGCAACACUUUGUUUUUAUAUAGAUUGAUUUUGAGCUCAA